AUGAAGAACUUCACAUCUGAUGUGGUAAAGAAAGAGAAUGUGACCAUAAGACCUCAUGUUGUAGAAGGCUUACUGUCCGAGGAGAGACCUUUGAAUAACACUACUUUGGCAGACCUCGCGUUUCACAAUUUUGACUUGAGUCUCUCAAAGACCAAAUUGAGUACAUUUAGCGCCGCAGAUAUUGAUAGCACUAGUAGAAGAUCUAAUAUACUCCCGGAAUCGGAUGCAUUAUCGCCGAUGGAGAGAGCAAAUCAGCAAAAUGCUGAUGAUUGCUCUAAAGUGAAUCCCAAAGACUUCCCUAGUGCACCAGAGCAGUUCCCCGGGAUGUCUAACAUAGGUGAAGUUCCCAAGGGAAAAAAGGAGGUUCAUAUGGAAUCUGCAACAAGCUUAAUCGGAACAGUGCCUCUGACGUUAGACAAUCAAAUCACUCAAGAUUCAGACGAUUUCGUUUGGCAGAAGAAUCAGCCUAGGCCAAUUAUACGAGCCACCAAUGAUCGGCAACACAAGUUCUAUCACUCACCGUCAAUGAAUGCACCAGAACAACUUGAGUUGCGGCACGUCUCUCUGCAACAUGUCGCAGACCAGGAUAAUCAUGGGAUACUACGGCCUAGUAUUUUCGACGAUGCAUAUAUCCCGCAAUGGCACACUUCGGAAGUUGGCCGCCAUACUCUUCGCCAGCCUUACAAGGACGAUACCGCACAAUAUAAGCAUGUCACCCGAGGCAGUGUCGACCUAGAUCACCGCUCUUCGCGACACCUUGCAUACCAGGAUAGCCAAUGGGGCGGCGGAAACGACUUUGCACCGCUAUUUCGGACAAUCUCGGUCAGCCCAAUGAGCUGGGCGGAGAGUGUUUUCCCAAGCAUCGGGCCAACACGCGGGCAGAUCUGUUGUAACCCCGACUCCAGAACAAAGACGCAGUUCCUAAUGGGGCAAACGCCUGAGUUUCAUGGAUUUGGGAGCUCUGAGACCGUACUAGACCGGGGAAUGUUGUCUCAUGAUUCUGAUGGCGAAUGUUCCCGAGAUAGAGCCUUUGAUACGUUCGGUCUAAAACGACGGCGCGUGCCGAACGAAAUGGGGCUUUUGCAAAAUGAUGAAUCAACCUGCUCGUGGAACCCCAACAUUGGUCUUCACAAUAAGCGCGCCCGACAUUUUGACCAGGAUUUGCAUACUGUUCGAAGCACCGAAGAUUUACGCUUCCUGGACAGUAUACAAGAUAGAAAAUUGAACAAACACCCAGCCGUUGAGAGUGGAAGGGACUUUGACAUUCUGCAACAAGCCAAAUUUGGUCCGUCAAGGCAGACCAUCGACGCCCCGGGACUUGUUCCAAUACAUGAGUCACUGUAUGGCUCAACAUUUAAGCUGUUCUAA